AUGAGCACCAACAUGGACCUCCUCGGUCUUGACGGUCUCGAGGGUUUAUACAAAGACACGCUGCCUGUUGUCUCAAUAUCGGCAUCGCAGUCCCUUAACGCGUCGGCCGGACGCGACUCAAUCGCGACGGGCCUCCCGCACCUGGAUGCGGCUUUAGCCGUUGAUCAACAACCAGGUGGUAUUCUGCGCGGACAUGUCACAGAGAUAUUCGGACCUCCAGGCGCUGGAAAAACCUCGCUGGCCUUGAAUAUUGCCCGCAACGCAUUGUGUGAUGGCAGGGUGGUCUGGAUUGAUACCGGGUUUCCCUUGCCCAGCCCACGGCGUGAGGAGAUGUCCCUCAACGUCAAGGACUUUGUUCAUUUUCAAGCGCAAACCUUGCCGCAUUUGAUUGCUCUUUUAAUGCGACCACCGACGGGGUUCCCCCCGCCAGGUACUAAUUUAAUUGUCAUUGACUCUGUAUCGAGUUUCUUUACGUCUUACUUUCCGACCGCAGCAGAGUUGAAGGAAGAACUUGCCGAAGGAAAACUGGUUGACAAAGCCCAUCUUCAAUGGCUGCUGGGCCGAAAGCCGAAUAUUGCCAAUGAUUUGGGUACACAUCUAGCCCGACUCGCUGCCAAAAAUAUUGCGGUUUUGGCCAUCAACCAAUCACAAACAAAAAUCAAGGAAGAGCGGGAGGCCACUUUACUCCCAGUUCUCGCAGGUGGAGCUUGGGAAAAGACGGUGCAGACUCGCCUGGCUGUCUACCGGGCUCUUCCAGAUGAUAGGUUCGUGGAGAUUGAGAAGCUUUCGGGAAAGCCUUUGCCUGAACCGGAUGAGCUUGCUUUUGCCUUCCAUAUUGACUCGAAUGGACUUCGUGAAAGAGAUUGUCAUAUUUCGGGCUCAGUGAAGCACCUAGAAAGGUCCCCCGAAUUUGAGUACUAUGACCCCCCAACACCGACACCUUCGCCUUUGUCUUCAGUGUUGUCGUCUCCUCCACCAUCCCCCGAGCUCUUAUCUCCCAAGCUCGAUGUCGCAGGACAGGGAUUUUCAGCACAAGAAUCGCCAAUCAAAAAGUCUUGUGCUGAAAAUUCGUCUCUUUCACCGGCUCUGAGGCCUGCAUCGCCUCAGCAAGCCGCCCAAACACCCAAUAAGAAACGCAAGGUACAAGAGGUGGCCGACAGUCAGGACGAAGCAUCAGACGAUGAAGCCCCUUGGACAGACGAAGCAACCCUAAACACAAAUCAAUCAUGA